GGAAAAGGUUUUCCAUUUGACUUCAGGAUUCCUGCAUGUACCCUGUUAUUACAACACCACAUGUGUAUUUGUUUUAUCUCCCCCCAAAAUAUAAGGAAAUGCUAGGAUCUUAAACUUGGUAUUAUUCAUGAAUCACAGAUUAACUCUGCCCUUCUUUCCCUUUCUAGCUUCUCGGAAAAAAAAGGAAUCGGGUGACGAAUCCGAGGAGGAGGAGGAGGAGGAGGAAGACCAAGACAGCGAUGCUUCAUCCUUCUCCCCAAAUGAGCAGAAUGGAGACACGAGGUCCCGCAAACAGAGGACGUCAAGACAAGCUGCUAAGGCGAAGGGAAAUGACGCUCUGAGCCAAGUGAACGGACACCGUGCGAAGCCUCACAGCAACUCUGAGCAAGAGGAGGCUGCAGAGGAGAGCUCUGGAGACGACGAGGACGAGUCGGUGUCUCGGAAGUCCUCUAGAAGCAAAGCAACCUCCUCCGCCAAGACGAAGAAGAAGAUUGAAAGCGAGGAAGAGGAAGAGGAGGAGGAGGAGGAGGAAGAAGAGUCUGUGUCUCGGAAGUCCUCUAGGACCAAAGCAACCUCUUCCGCCAAGACGACGAAGAAGAAGAAGAUUGAAAGCGAGGAGGAAGAUGAUGAGGAGGAGGAAGAGGUAGAGGAGGAUAAGGAGGAGGAUGAUGAGGAGGAGGAAGAGGUAGAGCACACUGAACACAGGACCACAAGACACAAACUUCCCGUCAGCUCAGACGAAGAGUACAAAGACCACAGCUCUCAGAAACGCCCUCACCAAAACGGGAGAAAGGUGGAGGAAGCCAUCCAGAAGGACUCUAAGAAGAAGUGUAAAGUUUCACCAGACAAACAAAAACCUGCCUCAACCGACCAACCGGAGGGCGCCGAGUCAGAGGAGCUCAGCGAGCCUCCGAAGAGAGCCAGCAAGAAGAGCCUGAAGAGAGACCAAGAGAGCCAUCGCUCCAGCGAGGAAUCCGAAUCCAAUACCAAGAGGUCGACGAGGAACAAGACCAAGUCCAAACGGCCUCGCAGCGAAACCUCGGCCUCGGAGAGCUCCCAGCAGGAAUACAAGCCCGACAGGAAGUCGAGGAGGAAACGCUCCACCGGCUCCUCGGACGAAGAGUCGGACAACUCGGACAACGCGUCCAACAGACGGCGGAACCUCCGAGCACUACCGAAGAAGAGUUACAUCAGCGACAACUCGGAGGAAGACUCGGAACAGGGGAGCGCUGAGAAGACGGCGUCCAGGGAAAGCAAGCGAGAGUCGAACAGGAGCUCUCCCAACGGAGCCCGGAGUCAGACGUCUUCCAGCAAGAAACGCAUCUACACCUCAGACUCUGAAGAUGCUGCUACGGAGGAGGAGGACGGAGAAGACAAGAGCCAUAAAAACAGCAGGUCCUCCAAACGUCCCAAAAGGGAGUCCAAAGGAGACACCUCGUCACAUUCUGAAUCCAGCAAGGAGGAGGAAGAGGAGGAGGAGGAGGAAGAGGAGGAGGAUGUUGGGAGCAGGAAGAGAAACGCCAGGCAGCCAAAACAAAAACGAAAAGACGGCACUCGCAGCUCCGACUCGUCUUCAGCCGCCGAAAACUCAUCCGCCAGCUCAGGGUUUCGCAGCAGUCCAAAGAGGAGGAGUCACAGGCGGUCGGGCGUCGCUGAGAAGACGACCGGCCGCCCGCUGAGGCCGCGCCGCCGUGCGUCCGCCUCAGAGGACGAGGAGGACGAGGACAGUGACGAGACGCGGCGUAAAACACAGCAAAAAGCACGCGUGAACACCCGCAACCGAGGGAAGCGGACGGUGAGCUAUCACGACAGCGAAUGAAGGACGGGAAGAGAACUGGAGACCUUUCAAACAAAGACACGAUACGGUAGUAGCACUGGAGUCCUGGAGAGAAAAUGCUGUGAAUCUGUUUCAUUCAGGGAUAUUUAUAUUUUCUAUGAAAAACAUGUUUAUAGAUGUAAUACGAAUUCAAGCAUUUGAACUGCUGGGUCUUUUUUUCCCUCACAGCGAAAACACCACCGCCCCAUUCUGCUCGUUGCGAUUGUCCGCGUGGGUGCUACUCUUAUAUACCUCUCGUUUAAUCAAGCAUAUUGCUGGCUUGCACUAAGAUACACUGUAAUGAGGUAUUUCAUACACUAGUUUUGCAUUAGAAACUCAGGGGUCAAAUACGUUUACUGUAGUCUCAGACAUGCGGUUGUUUUCUGCGCAACAGAAUUCGACUCCAGAUGUCCAAGCACACUCACUGGGACAAAAAAGAAAAAGAAAAUCCAUGCUCAGACGUUUGACUACAGCACUCCUUUGUAAAUCCACACACUCAAUGCUCGUCUGUAUUUUGAGUUAUGAGCCAAAAUGAACUAAAUAUUCUUUCCCCCAUUGCAUUAGUUUUUUUCUUCUCUAAGUUAGUUUGUGUUCUAGUGAAUAGAUGUACAUAUUUGAUGGAGGAAGACGUCUGAGGUUCAGUCGGUUGCAAAGUGUUUAUUUAAUUUGUUUUUUUUAUUUCUUCUCUUUUAUCUUUUUUUUUUUUACAAUUAACUGCAUUGUCUUGCCAUAUGUCACAAAUUGGUACUUGUUUGCCAAGUACAAAAGUACUCUUUGCAAAAUACUGUGAUUUCUCAUAUUGGGAAGGCCUGUUAUUGUUCUCUGUUACCUACUUUCAGUGUUAAAUUCUUUUUUUCAGAGUUGACUUAAAAACAUUUUGCCAGUCACAUGGUUUAAUUUUGUUAACGGGGAAGGUUUCUAAAUAAAGUCGCUUUAUGACAUUUUGCUUAAUGUUUUUCGUACUACACCUUUUAUUAAAUCACAGGAAAACUAUUAUCGCGAUGUGGUUGUGGAGUGCAAUGGAUGAGUUAUUCCUCACAAUAAUAAAGACAUCAUUUC